AUGGCGACGCUGACGCCGACGAGCGAGGAUCUGGACAUGCGCGGCGAGAAGGAUGGGUACAUCCUCGAUGCAAAGCAGGCCGAGCACGAGUACCGAGACUCAUCGCUCAAGGUCUCGCCGGACGGGCAUACGGUUCUCAUUCCGCAGCCUAGCGACGACCCGGACGACCCAUUAAAUUGGAGUUGGGCCAAGAAGCAUGCCAUACUGCUCAUCAUCAGCGCAACAGCGCUCCUCCCAGAUUAUGGUUCAGCCACGGGUGCAGUCACACUGCUCCAGCAAGCAACGAUAUGGCACAUGGACCCCGAUGUCGUGAACCACUCCCAAGUUGGCAACGUCUUCAUGCUCGGCGCGGGCGGUGUUGUCGUAGUAGCGUUAUCAGCGUUCUUCGGCCGCCUCCCCGUAUUAUUCUGGUUCACCGUCGCAGCUUUCGCCACGGCAGCUGGAUGCGCGGGCGCUGCGAACUUCGAGGGCUUCAUGGCCGUACGCAUCCUCAACGGCUUCUUCUCCACUGUAGCCCAGGGCGGUGGGCUCAUGUUCAUCAAGGACAUAUUCUUCUUCCAUGAGCACGCCCGCAAAAUCAAUAUUUGGGAUGCCUUUAUCAUCCUCUCGCCAUAUCUCGGCCCGUUUGUCGCCGCCUUUGUCAUUUCCUCCCUCCUCUGGCGCUGGGCAUUCUGGAUAUACACCAUCCUGACCGGGUUGUGUCUAGCUGCCAUUGUUUUGUUCGCGGAUGAGACGUAUUAUAAUCGCAAGAUCCCACGGGAGGCGCAGCCGCCGCGGGGGACCAGGGUAGAAAGACUGGUCGGGAUUAGCCAGUGGAGAUCAAGGCACCUGAGGAACUCGUUCAAGGAGGCGAUGAUGCGCCCCAUAGUUGUCCUCAUGAAGCCCGUCGUCGCUCUCUCCACAGUUUACUACUUAAUUACAUUCGCAUGGGUCGUCGGCAUCAACACAACCCUCUCCAUCUUCGUCACACCCCUCUACGGCUUCGGCCCCGUUCAAAUCGGGCUCUUCUACUUCACGCCGAUGAUCGCCGCCGUCCUAGGUCAGAUCCUCGGUCACUGGUUCCACGACUUCCUGGCCGCGCACUACAUCCGUACGCACGGCGGCGUCUUCGAACCGGAAGCACGUCUACGGGCCGUGUGGUUCAGCACGCCGUUCAUGUGCACCGGCCUGGUGGUUGUGGGAUUUGCGCUCGAAAGGGCGUGGCACUGGGCAGCGCUCGCCGUCGGGUGGGGCCUGUUCGUGUUUGGAAUUAUGAUUACGACCGUCGCGCUUCAGGCGUAUCUUUUGGAUUCGUACCCCGAAGCGUCGGGAGAGGUCGCCGCGUGGAUCAAUUUCGGGCGCACGACAGGAGGCUUCAUCGUAUCGUAUUUCCAAGUGACGUGGGCCAACAAACUGGGGACCGAGGCCUCGUUUGGGACGCAGGCUGCGAUUAGCUUCGCCGCGUUUCUCCUCGUACCGCUCAUGCAAUGGAAGGGCCGGGAGCUGAGACACCGCGCCGGGCCUCUGAAGUUCCACACCACAUAA